AUGCCAGCAAUCAAAACCUCAUCUACAGACAAAGUUAAAAGAUGGUUUCGGAAGCGCUCCCGGUCCGAUGAUUCAAGUUCGGCAACCAAAGAUGCCCCUUCGGACUCAAACAUAUCCCUUAGGUCUGCCGUGACAGAGGACUCUGGCUCCUCAGCUGAAACGGCAUCAUGGGCUUUAAAUGAGACAUAUAUCGAUACAGCGUCGCCCGCGAGUCCUAUAAGGGGAACUGAAUCAGUCAUGAAGUAUGAGUCUGCGGUGUUAAAAGAACAAAGCACAUGCCAUCAAGAAGACCACCCGUGGAAAAAAGCCUUGUCAUAUCUCAGUGAUGACGAUCGAGUCCUUAUUGGCAGCAUUGAUACGCAUGAUAAUGGAGACAAAGCGUUCGCCGAUGUUCAGGACUUAAUCUCUAAGAAGCAAAAGAUAUGGGAAGAGAAGGCGUGGAAGAUUACAUUUGGAGGCCGCAGAAUAGUACUGCGGGACGUGUUGGCAAAAAUCGCGUCCUGGUUAGAUUCCUUCAAGGCCAUCGGCGAUUUGGUCUUGCAGAUCGACCCAAUACAUGCCGGUAUACCAUGGACAGCUAUUAGGCUCGUGCUUUCUGCCGUCAUUGCAGACAAUGAGCAGAUGGGACUCGUUAUCAUUGGAUUGGAACAGGUCAUAUGCAUCAUUACAAGAUGCAGCAUCUACCAACAACUCUACCUGGAGAAUGUUGAACAAAUAACUGAAAAGCAGGCCCUAGCUGUCCGUCAACUUUCAGAGGCCAUGGCUCACCUGUAUGCUAAGACGUUUUUUUUUUUGGUAUAUUAUAUUCGCUUAUUGGAUCUCAACAGCGUCGUCAGAACGCUCAAAAGCUUUUGUCAUCCAAGUGAGAUCGCUGAGAAGCUCAAAGAGGUUGGGAAUUUGGAGACUCGAGUCACGACAGAGGCCAACGUUUGCCAGGGAACCAUCGCACAAUCAGCCUUCCAGAGGAUAGACGAGAAUUCUCAGGAUACCCGACAAAGCCUCAGAGACAUUGCUUCGCUUUUUGAUGGAGAAAUGCUACAGCUUUGGAAGCAUCUUAAUGAAGAUGAAAGAUGCAAGAUUCUGCAAUGGGUGUCGGACAUUCCAUACGAAAGUGAUCAUUAUAUCGCUCGAAAAGGAAGAGUCGAUGGGACUGGCGAGUGGCUUAUCGAUCAUGAGAUUUAUACAAAAUGGCACCAGUCGAGCUGGUCGACUCUGCUGUGGCUUAAUGGGAUACCGGGAGCUGGCAAGACAAAGCUGUCAUCCAGAGUUGUCGACGACCUUUUGGCAAGAUUGCCAGAAUCGGCCGAAGAGAACUCUGGGUUUGCAUAUUUCUACUGCGAUCGAAACCGACCUGACCACAAUGAACCAGUGGCCAUCAUGCGAAGUAUCAUACGGCAGUUGUGUACACCUCGAGAUAGCCAAAGCAUCGAGUCAUGCGUCGAGAAUCAAUACUUGAAAAGGAAGAUCAAGGGGUUUUCCAGCGAUAGGCUUGUCGCGGAAGAAUGUAAACAAUUGCUUGUUGAACUUGUUGCUGGUUAUCGUUGUGUCUACAUCGUGGUAGACGGUCUAGACGAGUGCGACCGCGGUACAAGGCAUAUUCUCAUGGAUCUUCUUGAUGAGAUCAUCAUUAAGUUUGAGCAAUCAAUCAAAGUCUAUAUCGCAAGUCGCACCGAUCAGGAUUUGAGGAAACGCUACCCCGAGGGGACCCAUCUCGAAGUAACUGCCAACGACAACCAAGCAGAUAUUGAGAAGUUUGUUUUGAGCAAGUUGGAUCAGAGCGAGUUUUGCCGAACCAAACUAUCUCAAAAGCUUCGGAAUAAGAUUCUAAGCACAUUUCAACACAAGAGCCAGGGUAUGUUCCAAUGGGCGACACUUCAUAUCGGGGAGUUGAUACAGCUGGAGAGGAAUGCGGACAUCGCAAAAUAUCUGGAUGGCUUGCCCAAGGGACUCGAAGCUGCUUACGACAAGAUCUAUGCUCAAAUUUCCAACCAGACCGGCAGCAAAAGAAAUAUCGCCUUUGCUGCUUUCCAAAUUGUCAUGGUUUCACAGCGACCUCUGCAUCCGUUUGAGCUUGCCAUCGCUGCUGCUCAAGACCCUUCACAUGAAUUCAUCCUUGAUAAAGACGUUGAUAUCGGAUACGUACUUGAGGCUUGCCAGAACUUACUCGUCGUUUCAGAUGGAUCACAAGAACGAAAUGUUCUCACAGUGCCUAUAGCGGAGACAAACCUUCAAGGCUACCUCAAAGAAGAGAUCAAAGUGACUCGCAGUUCUGCUUCAAUUGCAGUAUGGGAGAAUGUUAUUGGUGUCACAAAAGAUUCGAUUUGCAGAUUCGCACACUUAUCGGUCCAAGAAUAUCUGGAAACAAGACACUUGAGUUCUAUAGAGGCUCAUGCAAUGAUGGCAGGGAUUUGUCUCAGAACAUUGCUCUGCCUCAGCUUACCCGAUAAGCUUCAAAAUGGAAAAGAGAUCUCAAAUAGCGACUAUGAGGACAAUUGGACUGAAUCCUUGAUUCUUCGUGUUUCUCAGUUCAAGAAAAGGAACAUUGUUAAGAUAAUCCCAAUUGAAGGGGAAUACCGUCAAAACACAACAGCGGCAAGCUUCCCUCCUAGUUCCAACACGGAGACUAUCCAGGAGGUCUUUAUCAACAACAAGCGUUCUGUCGUCCUUGAUUCGCCCCAAGCUGUUUACGACAAAGUAUCCACAUCAUCAGCGCUUCCCUUGGCUGAGAACCUUGAAGAAACUGAGAAAGCCUGGGCGGAAGUUAACGGACUAAGAAAACGGAAAUCCUCAGUGCUUCAAUUCGGGCCUCCCCCGUUUGAGUGCUAUGUGGAACAUGUCGACUAUCACAUACAUGAUGGCGAGGUUGAAACAUGUCUGUGUCAGACCUUUGAGCCGUUCUUGGAAGAUUUUGAGGGAUCCCCAUUGGAAACAUGGACUAUAUACUGCUCAACGUUCCUUUCAGACCACCUUGCUGCUAUACGUGAUUGCAAUGGACCAGGCAUUGGAUCCACGUUAUUGGGCUUGAUCACACAGUUUCUUGGCACGCCGUCCGAUUCGACUACAUCAUAUAGAGCAUGGAUACGUCUUGCACAGAACACAAUCGUCUUAGAUGAUCCCGAUCCGAGCUAUGCUACCAUGAAAAAUGUUGUUCGACCAUAUACAUCACCAGCACUCGGGUGCAUUGUACUUGGCGUUCAUGAAGUGCUCAAUGACUGGCUGGAUAGGGGAAAGUUGGAUCCCGGUGGACGUAAUCUUCAAGGUGACAGUCUGCUAGACUUGGCUGUUCGCUGCUACCACACGGAUGUUUGCAAAGUACUUCUCAAACACGGUGCUGAUCCAAACCUUCCACAUCCAUCUACACUUACAUCUCUCGGUGUAGCUGUUCGUCACGGCGACACAGAUUUGGUACACGUGUUAGUGGACGGUGGAGCGGAUCUUUGUACAAGCAUUGUACCCAUUGGCGAACGAAAAGUAGGGUGGAGAGGGUUAUCGGCACCACAAUGCGAUACUCCAGUUCAUGAGGCGGUCAAAACUGGAAAUGCCGAUCUUGUCAAGGCCAUCAUCGAUGGUGCGAAAUCCACAUCAUAUCAUGGCCGGCCAAUAAGACUUGGGGAAGCCCUUAAUCAGGCAGCAGUAGCAGGCAGAGAGGACCUGGCAGCACUUCUUCUAUUUUACGAUGGCAACCAGGAUGGAGACCGUCAAGUAAUGAUUCAUAACGCACUUGAUCAUGUACCGAAAGACGAGUCGGGAAUCAACAUCAUGAAGUACCUAAUGGGACUCUUAAAACGUCGAACUCAUGGAUCGUUACUGCACACAGCUAUCGCAGAGGGUAGAUGGACUUUUGCCGAGGCACUUAUCACAACAGGAGUAGGUAUCAAUACCCCCAGGGAUGAUUUAUACCGAGAAACUCCCCUUCAUUCUGUGUUCCGCCAGCUUUGCGGUGAUGAAUCAGCAAAGGUCCGAAAGCUUAUCGAUUGGGGAGCCAACGUCAAUGCCCGAGAUAUUCAUGGAAACACGCCACUUGCCCUAGCCAUGAUGACAAAGAUAUUCGACAAGAAAAAGGAUGAUGACCGAGAAGACAAAUACCAAGACGAUAAUGACACGACAAUCGAUGAACCUAUACUGGACACAUCACGUUUGGAAGCCAUUCGCUAUCUGUUACAGCGCGGUGCUAACACCAAUGAGAUGAACAGAAAUGGAAUGAGUUUGCUUGGCAUUGCAUGCGUUCAUGCAAUCGUAACACCUGAAGUCAUAGAGAUGUUACUCGACCACGGUGCUGAUGUCAACGCAAUCCAAGGCCAUGGUGAAGUUUCAAUGAGUCCUUUGGAUAUUCUUCACUUACAUGAAACGCCAUCGGACAUAGAUAAGGUGCUACUUGUAGACGCUCAGCUGGUGAUCGUGAAACAGAUGCUAGAAAAACAUGGUGCAAGACACAUUCUUGCUGUUGAUUAUGAGAAUUGGGAUAUACAGACGAAAAUCAGCUGGAUACAAGAUCACCGAACUGGACUUUUUGAUGUCGCCAAUGUCGGUCGAAUUUUUUCAGGAUGUUAA